AUGAUGGUCCAACUCUCGACCUCCGUUUUUACUCUUCUAGCCCUUCUUUCACCCCUCACGUCUAGCUUCGUGAUCCCGCUUCCGGAGAACCUCCAAGCCUUCCUCGGACUCGAGAACGCAAGACUCGAGAACACAAGCCCAACUCCCGACUCAUAUUCACUCCACGAUGAAGGCUUCAACCGCCCCUCAUGGUUCACAUCUACCCUAAUGGCCCGUCGCCUGCUAGCACUAGCUCCCUCCGGCGUCAUCUCAACCACAUUCCCAGACUCCAUCCCUCCCUCCGCCCACGCCCCUUCGGACGUAGCCGGUCUAUCCAUCGGAUUACGGGAGUACAUCGCCGACUGCGACGGCUCACUGCCGAAAGACCUAUCGCACGACGAUAACGGGGACCCCACAAUCCUAGGUCUCCGCAUCGGAACCACAUUCAAGAACAUCGCUUCCGGAUCCAACCUCAGUCUGCAACUAGAUUGGUGGGAUCAUCUCGACGAAGCCGGUCCCGUUUACCCCGGACUUCCUCUCAGCCCUGCUGCCCUGCCGCGCGUGACGCUGUUUGGAUACUUGGAUAACUUGCCUUCCCCGCUCCCGGAUGACGCAGCUGCGGCGCUCGAGGAGUGUUUCCUGGGACCCCAUCCUGAUGCGAAGGUUUGGUUGCCUGGUGCUUCGUACUCGCCGCAUGCUAGUUUCUGGGCGCGACUGGUGGUUACCCAUGCGUAUUGGAUUGGUGGAUUUGGGGAUGUGCAGCAGAUUGGCUGGAUCAACCUUACUGAAUGGCAAGGGAUUAGACCUUAUGGUAGCAUUGAGGGUGUUGGUGAUGGUCGAGGUUGGCAGGAUGUUCGUUUGCCGGGGGAGAAGCAGUAA